CCUCCCUCUAUUCGGGCCGGAUAUUCGCCUCCCUCAAGCGUUUCUUUUUGUUUUUGGUGGUUUUUCAAGAUUCAAGUAUAAGAAUUGUUGCAAGAAGUGGUACGGAUCGAAGGGUUCCCAAAAAAAAAAAAAAAGUGCUAUGGAUACAAUUAGAAAAGUGGUAUUGAACCUAAUUAACUGUUGAAAAAGCCUAGUUAAGUAAGCUUUUGGGUCGUUGAAGGCGAAAGUUGAGACUUUGAGAGAAAGAUAGAGAGAGAAAAAAUGGAGAAAAUGAAGAUAGAGGAAGUUCAAUCCACCACCAAGAAGCAGCGUAUAGCUACUCACACCCACAUCAAAGGCCUUGGUCUUGAGUCCAAUGGAAGAGCCAUGCCGUGGGCUGCUGGUUUUGUGGGUCAAGCAGAUGCAAGAGAAGCGGCUGGUCUCGUUGUUGAUAUGAUACGGCAGAAGAAGAUGGCCGGACGGGCUCUUCUAAUGGCAGGACCUCCAGGUACUGGAAAGACAGCACUCGCCCUCGGAAUAUCCCAAGAGCUUGGGAGCAAGGUUCCGUUCUGCCCCAUGGUUGGGUCAGAAGUAUACUCAUCUGAAGUAAAGAAAACUGAGGUUUUAAUGGAAAAUUUCCGACGUGCUAUUGGUCUGCGUAUAAAGGAAAACAAAGAGGUCUAUGAAGGAGAGGUGACUGAACUCUCACCUGAAGAAACCGAAAGUGUCACUGGUGGCUAUGGUAAGAGCAUUAGCCAUGUAAUCAUUGGACUGAAAACUGUCAAGGGAACCAAGCAACUGAAAUUGGAUCCCACUAUUUAUGAUGCAUUGAUUAAGGAAAAGGUAGCUGUUGGUGAUGUUAUAUAUAUUGAAGCCAAUAGUGGAGCAGUAAAACGAGUAGGUAGAUGUGAUGCUUUUGCUACAGAAUUUGACCUUGAAGCAGAAGAGUAUGUUCCACUUCCUAAAGGAGAGGUCCACAAAAAGAAAGAAAUAGUUCAGGAUGUCACCCUACAUGAUCUUGAUGCUGCAAAUGCACGGCCUCAAGGUGGGCAAGAUAUACUAUCUUUAAUGGGGCAAAUGAUGAAGCCUAGGAAAACAGAAAUCACUGACAAGUUACGGCAAGAAAUUAAUAAGGUUGUUAACCGGUAUAUUGAUGAAGGUGUAGCAGAGCUUGUCCCUGGAGUUCUCUUUAUCGACGAGGUACAUAUGUUGGAUAUGGAGUGCUUUUCGUACUUGAAUCGUGCUUUAGAGAGCUCAUUAUCUCCAAUUGUUAUAUUUGCCACCAACAGAGGGAUUUGUAAUGUAAGAGGGACAGAUAUGACUAGUCCUCAUGGAAUACCUGUAGACUUGUUGGACCGACUGGUGAUUAUCCGAACACAAACUUAUGGUCCUGAUGAGAUGAUAAAGAUUUUAGCCAUCCGUGCACAGGUAGAGGAACUGGGUGUAGAUGAGGAGAGUCUUGCUUACCUUGGGGAGAUUGGUCAAAGGUCAUCUUUAAGACAUGCUGUUCAACUUCUAUCACCUGCUAGCAUUGUGGCCAAAAUGAAUGGUCGAGACAACAUAUGCAAGGCGGAUCUUGAGGAAGUUACUUCACUUUAUCUGGAUGCCAAGUCUUCAGCAAGGCUUCUUCAAGAGCAGCAGGAAAAAUACAUUUCUUGAUAACCAAAUGCCAGCUCCAUUGAAUUUCACUUUCAGGUCGAAAUUUGAACUGAUUUUCUUUUGCAUGGCUGUUGCACAAAUGCGUUUCUUUGGUGGAUAUUAGGUGAAUACUAUGUUGGUCAACUGCUAAAUAGGUGCUUAGAAACGAGCAAUGAGUUACUGUAAAAGGUUGUGAAAAGAAAAGGGGGGUGUUAAUUGUACUAGCUUUUUUCUUGUUUGUUAGAUUGUGUAACUUAAAUGUUGGAAAUUUCAAAUGCGACUAAGGUAAUUACUUUAAUUUUUAGUGCCAUUGCCAGGCAGUUUUGAGGGCAAGUUCAUACGCUUCGCCCUGGCAGCAAAA